AGAAGCGAGUGGGACAAGGUACCUAUUUGUUUUGGGAAUGAUGAUCAUAGGUAGGGUUUAGGGAAGCUUCGGAGCAGCACUUGUAAUUGAAACUCAAUUCAAUGGCCAACCACUCUUCUACUUCCUCUAUCCUAUGCGCUUCUUUCAACCAAGACCUUAGUUACUUUGCUGUUGGCACCAGGGAUGGUUUUAGAAUAUUUGAGACCAAUACAGGAAAACUCUGCUAUGAAAGAGCUGUUGGAGCUUUUGUUAUUGUGGAGAUGCUGUUUAGCUCCAGUCUUCUUGCUAUCGUUGGUGCUGGUGAUCAGCCAUCUUUGUCCCCUCGCCGUCUCUGUUUGUUCAAUAAAACCACGGGUGCUGCUCUUAGAGAAUUGAACUUUCUAACGUCCAUACUUGCUGUUCGCAUGAAUAGACAAAGACUCGUUGUCAUUUUACAAGAUAAAGCAUAUGUAUAUGAAAUAAAUAGUCUCAGUAUUGUGGACAUUAUUGACACAGUGCCAAAUAUUAAAGGGCUUUGCGCUUUUUCCCCUUGUUUGGAUGCUUGCUAUUUGGCUCUUCCUGCCAGUACUACCAAAGGAUCUGCAUUGUUGUAUAAUGUCAUGAAUCGUCAUUUACACUGUGAGAUUGAGGCUCAUCGUUCACCAUUGGCUGCAAUGGUUCUUUCUUCUAAUGGAAUGUACAUAGCUACAGCAUCUGAGCAAGGUACCAUAAUCAGAGUUCAUUUGGUGUCAGAUGCAACAAAGCAGUCAUAUAGCUUUAGAAGGGGGACAUACCCGUCUACUAUAUUUUCACUGUCAUUUGGACCAUCAAAGCAGCUUCCAGAUAUCCUUGCAGCCUCAAGUUCUUCUGGUUCUAUUCAUCUUUUCACUCUUGGAUUUGCUUCACAUCCAAGGAGCAAGAGUUCAAGUGGCUUUCUAGGAUCAAUAAUUCCUGGUGCUGUGAGUGAUGUGCUUGAUCCUGCUUAUCAUCACGUACUUCAUGAUACUGUUCCUGCUGGGGUGAAAAGCUAUGUAGUAAUUCGCAAGGUUGAAAAUAUGACCAACUCCUCAUCAUCUGACCUCCUAGCUUGUAGGGCAAUUUUGUCGGUAAUAACAUCUAACGGAUUCUUCAAGGAAUACAACAUAAGCAUUAAUGCCCGUAAUGAAUUAUCUUGGGCCUUAGGUCGUGAGUUCAAUCUUUUGACCGUGACCUAGGACAAGCUACCAGGAGUGACAAAACACUGUUUAUAGCGAACCAUCUAUAACUCAAAAGCUUGAUUGAGGAAUUGCAUUCUACACUCAAACUUCUAGAACUACCACUGCUACCAACAUUCAAGUGUUACUCAGAAAUUCUCAGAGCUGUCAUGGCUGCCAUCAGACGAAUCAGUGAUGCAAAAUUCCGUAUAAGUUAUGUGUACAAGUAAGAACUUCAUUUACUUUGUUUCUGGCACAAUGCAAGGGAAAUACGUUAAAAGUAUAUUUAAUCUGGAUCUCUAAAAAGUGUUUAUAAUCUGAGUCUCGUAUGUUAAAUUGGUUUAUCAAGUGGCAAGUGUCUUGCACAACCCAAAUUAGUACUCAUGUUGAACAUACUGACUAUUUAGGUCAUCCUCGAAAAUGUAAUUAUCAAAAUUUGAAAUAAAUGGUAAUUGGAGGCA